AUGGAGGAAGUCAAUACUCCGAGACUUCCCGAGAUCAACCGGGGAUUUCGGGUCGGUGGUGUAUCACCAGCUCGUGAGCCGCCAGGUAGGAGCUGGGCUCGUAUCAGAACCUACUUGAUCGACAAUCCCAAGGAUGAGGACCUCAAACGACGCCAGGAGAUCUGGAACUAUCAGCAAAAGAAUCGAGGUGUCGUCAAAUCAUUGAUGAAAUCCAUGCCAAAUGUUCCAUAUCGAGUUAAAAAACCAAGAAUGGAAAAAAUUAAAAGGUCCACCAGAGGUGGUGCUGGACUGAAUCAUUUAGGUGGAGACGCUGAAAACGGACUUCAUGGCGUUCAUCUUCCGAGAAUUGAAAGGAACAGAGAAUCUCCAACCAGGCGUCACAACUUACAACGAGAUAUUCCCAUGAUAGACAGGAAUGACGUUACAGAUAAUAACGAGCUAGUGAAACAACGACUUACCUACAAAUACACAGAAUGUGAUGGUGUACCAGUAUACGAAGUGGAGACAGAGGUAGUCCCACCAAGGUUUCCACGAUUACCAGACACAGUGCUACGUGGACCAAAAAAUGGAAAGAUGUUCUCUCCUGGUAAGAAAGUGUCAUUUUCUCUAAAUGAUUUAUCUUCUAUUGAACGGAGAGUGGAGAUACGAGGAUCUUCUGCUUCGUCGUCGUCUGCUUCUAGUGUAGUCUCUGACGGUGCUCUGGGAAGUUACGGGCCGAGCAGCCACCAUAUUGGACCAGACGCUCCAAAGUCUGUUUGGGACUAUUUAAACGGUAAUCAGUUUGGGGAUAGUAUGGCUAUUGGUACAGGAUUAUACGGUCAAAAAAGAUCCAAGAUAACAAGUGAUAUUGAAAGAACACAUGAAUCCAAAGCUGACCGAGAGUGGUUCGAGAAAGUGAUAGGUGAUAAAGAGGUAAUCAAUACAACAAACUAUGAAAAUUUCGCGAGAACAAAGCCGAUAGUUGAUCACUUUAACCAGGGUCCACCACCGCCGCGACGUUUACCACCAAACGAACUGGCGUCAAUGCGAAACAGGACCCAAAACUAUGGAAUUUCGUCGAAUGUUCAGUUAGCUAAAAAACCUCUUCCUUCAGUGCAAUCGUCUCCACGUUCUCCGAUAGGACUUAACAUAGCAACAAAAACACCUGUGCUUUCGCCUACUGGAAGCGUGGGAUCAUAUUUUCCCGUUUUCUCUCGGGAUGGUUCACCGAUGAGAAAAAUUGGAGGAGCAAAAAAACAAAAGCUACAAAGUUUAGCACCUGUUAAACCUCCUCCUUCUAUGACUCCUACAAAAUCGAAUACGGCGGAAUGA